AUGUUCCAGGCCACGGGACCUGCCAGCCCACCCCCAACUCAUGAGGCAAAGAACAACUCAGGAGGCAGCACGGUGCAGCGCUCCAAGUCCUUCAGCCUGAAGGCGCAAGUGAAGGAGACGUGCACUGCCUGCCAGAAAACCGUCUAUCCCAUGGAGCGGCUGGUGGCGGAUAAAUUCAUCUUCCACAACGCCUGCUUCUGCUGCAAGCACUGCCACACCAAGCUCAGCCUGGGCAGCUACGCGGCGCUCCACGGGGAAUUCUACUGCAAGCCCCACUUCCAGCAGCUCUUCAAGAGUAAAGGCAACUACGACGAGGGCUUCGGGCGCAAGCAGCACAAGGAGCUGUGGGUGCACAAGGAGGUGGAGAGCGGGACCAAGUCAGCAUGAGCGGGGCCAGCCUACCCUUCCCUGGAGCCAGGCAGAAAUGGCACGGAGCAGUGCUGA